AUGAUUCUCCUCCAGACAGCUUUCUCUCUACCCACUAAUACUACUACAACUACUACCCUUUUGUCUCCCUGUUCUCCUCACCGUCUCAACACUCUGUUUUUCACUCACCGACGCCGUCAACUAGUUUCUCCGUCCCGCUUGAGUUCAUCUUUCUCGAAACGUAGAUUCUCCCUAUGUGUUGCUGCUUCAGGAAGUAAUGUCUUUACUUCUCCUGAGACAUCUAAGAGCUUUGAUUUUGCAUCAGAAGAGAAAAUAUACAAAUGGUGGGAGUCGCAAGGGUACUUCAAACCAAGUUUCGAGCAAGGAGGAGGCAGACCUUUUGUGAUACCAAUGCCACCUCCUAAUGUCACUGGCUCUCUCCACAUGGGCCAUGCGAUGUUUGUCACUCUUGAGGAUAUAAUGGUUCGAUACAAUAGGAUGAGAGGGAGACCAACGCUUUGGCUUCCAGGGACUGAUCAUGCUGGUAUUGCCACUCAGUUGGUGGUUGAAAAGAUGCUAGCAUCAGAAGGGAUUAAGAGAGUGGAUUUAGGUAGAGAUGAGUUUACCAAAAGAGUCUGGGAAUGGAAGGAGAAGUAUGGUGGAACCAUCACAAAUCAGAUUAAGAGACUGGGUGCUUCUUGUGAUUGGAGUAGAGAGCGCUUCACUCUUGAUGAGCAAUUGAGUCGAGCUGUGAUCGAGGCUUUUGUGAAGCUUCAUGAGAAAGGGUUGAUAUACCAAGGAUCAUACAUGGUCAACUGGUCCCCUAAUUUACAGACUGCUGUUUCAGACUUGGAAGUAGAAUAUUCAGAGGAACCUGGAUUUCUAUACCAUAUUAAAUACCGUGUAGCUGGAAGUCCUGAUUUUCUUACUAUAGCAACGACCCGUCCAGAGACAUUGUUUGGUGAUGUGGCCAUUGCCGUGCAUCCUGAGGAUGAUCGAUAUUCCAAGUAUGUUGGUGAGACAGCAAUUGUGCCUAUGACAUAUGGUCGUCAUGUGCCAAUUAUUUCUGAUAAGUAUGUUGAUAAGGAUUUUGGGACUGGUGUUCUGAAGAUAAGUCCUGGGCAUGAUCACAACGAUUAUCUUCUUGCAAGGAAGCUAGGUCUCCCCAUUCUGAAUGUGAUGAACAAGGAUGGAACACUAAAUGACGUUGCUGGCUUGUUUUGUGGCCUUGAUCGGUUUGCUGUGAGGGAGAAACUAUGGGCAGAUCUUGAGGAGACAGGUUUAGCUGUCAAAAAGGAGCCUCAUACUUCACGAGUUCCAAGAUCUCAGCGUGGCGGAGAAGUUAUUGAGCCACUUGUAAGCAAACAAUGGUUUGUCCACAUGGAUCCUUUAGCUGAGAAGGCUCUUCUUGCUGUUGAGAAAAAAGAACUUACCAUCAUACCUGAGAGAUUUGAGAAGAUAUACAAUCACUGGCUGACAAAUAUUAAGGAUUGGUGCAUAAGCCGGCAGCUGUGGUGGGGGCAUCGCAUACCAGUUUGGUAUGUGGUUGGAAAGGAUUGCGAGGAGGACUACAUAGUUGCCAAAAAUGCUGAAGAAGCCCUUGAGAAAGCUCAUGAGAAGUAUGGAAAAGAUGUUGAGAUAUAUCAGGAUCCAGAUGUUCUUGACACCUGGUUUUCCAGCUCAUUGUGGCCAUUCAGCACCCUUGGCUGGCCUGAUGUAUCAGCAGAGGAUUUCAAAAACUUCUACCCUACAAGUAUGUUAGAAACAGGGCAUGACAUACUAUUUUUCUGGGUAGCAAGAAUGGUUAUGAUGGGAAUAGAAUUUACAGGGACCGUUCCAUUUACUCAUGUGUACCUUCACGGACUUAUACGGGACUCUGAAGAUCUGAACUUAUCUACUGAGAGGUUAACUGCAAACAAAGCAUUCACCAACAAACUAUGGAAUGCUGGAAAGUUUGUGCUCCAGAGUCUGCCUAGUCUCAGCGAUACAUCUGCUUGGGAGAAUUUGCUGGCCAUCAAGCUUGACAAAGAGGAAACCCUGCUCAGUUUACCCUUACCUGAAUGUUGGGCGGUGUCAAAACUCCAUAUCCUCAUUGAUUUCGUAACAGCAAGCUAUGAGAAGUUCUUCUUUGGGGAUGUAGGAAGAGAAACAUAUGAUUUCUUUUGGAGUGACUUUGCCGAUUGGUAUAUUGAAGCCAGCAAAUCUAGACUGUAUGGAUCUGGAGGCAGUUCAGAUUCUUUAGUUUCUCAGGCAGUUCUGUUAUAUGUCUUUGAGAAUAUACUUAAGCUGUUGCAUCCAUUUAUGCCGUUUGUAACCGAGGACCUAUGGCAGGCACUACCCUACAGGAAAGAAGCGCUGAUUGUAUCUCCAUGGCCACAAAAUUCACUUCCAAGAAACGUUGAAUCAAUAAAAAGAUUUGAGAACUUACAAGCUCUGACAAGAGCAAUUAGAAAUGUACGAGCAGAGUAUACAGUGGAACCGGUAAAGCGUAUAUCUGCCUCAGUUGUUGGAAGUGCAGAGGUUCUUGGAUACAUCUCGAAAGAAAAGGAGGUGUUAGCUCUUCUAUCAAGGCUUGACUUAAACACCGUCAAUUUUACUAACACUCCUCCUGGUGAUGCAAAUCUCUCAGUCCACGUUGUAGCCAGUGAAGGACUAGAAGCGUAUCUACCCCUUGCUGCCAUGGUUGAUAUAUCUUCUGAAGUCCAACGCAUUUCCAAACGUCUCUCCAAGAUGCAAACUGAAUAUGACGCCCUUAUAACUCGCCUAAAUUCACCAAAGUUUGUGGAGAAAGCUCCAGAAGAAGUGGUGAGAGGUGUUAAGGAGAAAGCAGAAGAAGCAGAAGAGAAGAUAAAGCUGACCAAAGCUAGGCUUGAUUUUCUCAAGUCCACUUCUUUAGUGUCUCAGUGA